AUGAUCCUCCGAGUCCUCGCCAUCGCCCUCAUCGCCCUCGUCACGGUUGAAGCCAUCUCCCAGCGAAUGAUUGAGCACAAGAUCCACAGAUCUAUUCUAAACCAUAAGGUAAUGGUCUUCUCAAAAACCUACUGCCCCUACAGCAAACGGCUGAAGCACAUGCUCGAAAAGUAUGACAUUGCUGACAAGCAAAUCCUCGAGCUCGACCUCCAGCGACCAGAGUACCGCCCUAUCAUUCAGGACUAUUUGAAGACGUUGACCGGUCGCCGAACAGUUCCCCAGUUGUUCAUCAACGGGAUCUUUGUUGGAGGUUCCGAUGAUACAAUCGAAAUGGACCGCAAGGGCCAGUUCAAAAAGAUCCUGCUUGAUGCGGGCGCCCUGUACGAAGAAGAACGAAAA